GACGUUGGAUGGAUGAUUCAUGUAAAGGCAGCUUUAGAGCAGAAAAAAGCAAAAAGGGACCUUUAUAAGGAGACGGCUCCCCUCCUGCCCCUCACUCCUCUCAACUAUUCCAAAGGAAUAUGGCGUCCUGGCAUCUCCGGGAGCGAGCUGAGAAAUAUCUGAGACUCAGGAGCGUCCUCCUCCGGGAAUGUCUGGCCGAAUUUCUGGGGGUCUUUGUGCUGCUUUUCAUCACCACCGCCGCUGUGGCUCAGGGGGUCACCAGCUCCGAAACCAAAGGCAACUUCUUCUGUAUGUACCUGGCCGGAGCCAUCGCGGUCGUCAUAGCCAUCUACGUGUCCGGAGGGGUGUCAGGUGGACAUCUGAACCCGGCCUACUCCCUCAGCCUGUGCAUGCUCGGCCGCUUCCCGUGGUGGAAACUGCCCCUGUACUGUCUCAUCCAAAUGGUGGCAUCAUUUACUGGGGCAGCGGCAACGUAUGCUCUAUACUAUGACGCCAUUCAACAUUACACUAAUGGUAACCUGACCGUGUAUGGACCCAGAGAGACGGCUUCCAUAUUUUCAACGUAUCCAGCCCCAUAUCUAAGCAUUAGCAAUGGUUUUUUGGAUCAGGUGAUGGGAACGGCCAUGUUGAUGAUUGGUAUCCUGGCCAUUUGUGAUUCUAAAAACAAACCCGUCCCUAAAGGACUAGAACCAGUUGUGGUUGGCAUGUUGGUGUUUUCUAUUGGUUUGUCAAUGGGAGCCAACUGCGGAUUCCCAAUCAACCCAAGCCGAGACCUGGGACCACGGAUCUUCACGUAUGUGGCAGGAUGGGGAGCAGAUGUAUUCAGAGCUGGUAACAAUUGGUGGUGGGUCCCCGUGGUGGCGCCAUGUGUUGGGGGAGUUCUUGGCUCUGUUAUCUACCUGCUUUUAGUGGAGAUCCAUCAUCCUGUGGAAGACAUCAAGAACCAGGAGGUUGUGAGGGAUGUCCCACCAGAGAAGUGGAAAGAAAUUCCAGUUUUCACCAUUAACACGGACAAUUCUCUGUCACACCGCUUAUAAAUCUUUGAUGGUCUGGGACAGUGAAAAGGUUUACUAUAAAUUCCCAGGUGGUCUAGGCCAGUGAAGAGUUACUUUUAAUUUCCAUAGUAGACUGUAUUAAUUAAAAAGUUAAUUGUAACUUCCCUGGUGCUCUAGGGUAGGUAAAGGAAUUAUUCCCUGGCGGUCUAG